ACACGUGACAACUAUCAGGCCGAUAAACUAGAUAUCUGCAACGUGACAGCUGACAGUUUAGAACUGACGUGUGCACCUUUAUUAGAAUUUUUUAAAUCAUGUUGGACUUAUUUACCAUUUUUAGUAAGGGAGGUAUCGUUUUGUGGUGCUUUCAAAGCACGAAUCAGGCAUUUACCUCGUCAGUGAACGCUUUAAUACGUAAUGUUAUCCUUCAGGAAAGGUCUGGUGUUCAUAGCUUUGACCACGAAGGCCUCACCCUGCAGUAUAAGUUAGAUAAUGAAUUUGAUUUGGUGUUUGUGGUAGCGUAUCAGAAAAUUUUACAACUUUCGUAUGUAGAUAAAUUUUUGAGUGAUAUACAUCUGGAAUUUCGGGACAAAUACAAAAAUGACUUGGCAAACUCUAGUUAUUUUCAAGAAUUUGAGUUUGUGGACAACUUUAAUGCAACUUUACAAGCUGCAGAGCAGUGGGCCAAAGCUCAGGCUAAAGCUCCUAAAAAUAUGCGUACUUUUGAACAAUCGAAUAAAUCUAAGAAAACUGUCGCUUCAAUGAUUGAAAGGAAGGGUGAAGAGAAAAAGCAACCUAAGAAAAAAGAGGUCGUUUUCAGUGAGGAAACUAACGCAAAGGCUCCACCAUCACCGCAGGCUAAUCAUGUGGUAGAGGAAGAUAUAAUGAAAGUUAACAGAGCAAAGUUUGCAGAAAAAAUGAAUAAAAAGAAGGGUGAACCUAAGAAAAGCCCAAAAACUGUUAAUGAAAAAGCUGGUAAAAAACCCAGAAUAUGGGAUUUAGGAGGCACCAAUAAAGAUUUAGAGACUUUGGAACGUACUGUUGACAAACCUGAGGAUAUCAAGAGUCACUACACUCCAGAUACAGAAAUUGUAGGACAAAUGAAAGGUGUAAUUAAGGAUUUAGAAGUGGAAUCUUCCUCUGAAGAUGAAUAUGAUGAGGAGGAGGAUGAUUCCCCGGUGAAGCAAUCAAAUCAAAAAGCUUCGUCAAAAGGCGGCAUGUUCUCCAUAUUUAAAGGUUUAGUUGGUUCCAAGAAUCUUACUAGUGCCGACAUGCAGCCAACUUUAGACAAAAUGAAAGAUCACCUCAUCUCAAAGAAUGUGGCUGCUGAUAUUGCCAUAAAGUUGUGUGAUUCAGUUGCAAAAAAACUCGAGGGCAAAGUCCUGGGUACAUUUGAAACUAUUGCUUCAACUGUCAAAACAACUUUGAUGGAUUCUCUGGUACAAAUUCUUAGCCCAAAACGACGUGUUGAUAUUUUGAGAGAUUGUAUGGAGGCUCAAAAGGCAGGACGUCCAUAUGUUAUGACAUUUUGCGGGGUAAAUGGUGUUGGAAAAUCCACAAAUUUGGCUAAAAUUUGUUUUUGGUUAAUAGAAAACAAUAUGAGAGUAUUGAUCGCAGCAUGUGAUACUUUCCGCGCUGGAGCUGUAGAACAGUUGAGGACUCACACAAGACACUUGAAUGCGUUACAUCCUGCUGAGCGUCAUGAAGGGAAUCAGAUGGUUCAGUUGUAUGAAAAGGGGUAUGGAAAAGAUGCUGCAGGAAUAGCUAUGGAAGCAAUUAAAUAUGCCACUGAUUUGAGAUUUGAUAUUGUUUUGAUUGACACAGCUGGAAGAAUGCAAGAUAAUGAACCAUUGAUGAGAGCACUUACAAAAUUAAUCAAGGUAAAUGAACCAGAUCUAGUACUUUUUGUGGGGGAGGCAUUAGUAGGAAAUGAAGCAGUUGAUCAACUUGUCAAGUUUAACCAAGCUUUGGCUGACUAUUCCUCCAGCAGUACGCCCCAUCUCAUAGACGGUAUUGUGUUAACUAAGUUUGACACAAUAGAUGAUAAGGUAGGGGCUGCGAUCUCCAUGACUUACAUAACAGGCCAACCGAUAGUUUUUGUGGGUACGGGCCAGACAUACACGGACCUUAAAGCGUUGAAUGCGAAAGCUGUUGUGCAUUCACUUAUGAAAUAACGCCUCUUCUUAUCAUGAAAUUGUAAAUAAUUUACCUGAAACUGUAUAUUUAUUUAAUAUGGAGAUUUCUGAGAUUUCCUAAUUGUAAGGUGCAAGUUAAUAAACUUUCAUUUGUUUGGUUUAA